AUGUCGCGGUUCAUGUCGAACCAGAGCCGGUACACGCUGGACCGGCUGCUGGGGAAGCUGUCGUGCCCGCUGCUGCUGCUGUGGGGGGACCUGGACCCGUGGGUCGGCCCGGCCAAGGCCGCGCGGAUCCAGGAGUUCUACGCCGACACCGCCGUCAUGCACCUGCAGGCCGGCCACUGCCCGCACGACGAGGCGCCGGAGCAGGCCAACCAGGCGCUGCUUGAGUGGCUCGCGGCUCUAGAUGCCCGCGCCAAGCCGGCCGAGCCCAGCCUCCAGACCGUCUGA